AUGAGAAUUGGAGCAUCUAUGGCAAGGUUCAAAGUUCAGGUUGGUGGUUCCCCUUGGUACAAAAUUGAAAAGAAGCUCGGUAAGGGAGGUUUUGGACAAGUGUAUGUAGGUCGCCGGGUUCCUGAUCUUUUUGGUGUCAGAACUGGCCCUGAUGAAGUAGCCUUAAAAUUUGAGCACCGAAGUAGUAAAGGAUGCCCUUAUGGACCACCAUAUGAGUGGCAAGUUUACAACACUCUUGGUGGAAGUCAUGGUGUACCACGUGUACACUUCAAGGGUCGGCAAGGUGAAUACUAUAUAAUGGUUAUGGAUAUGCUGGGACCAAGCUUGUGGGAUGUUUGGAAUAAUAAUGCUCAGAUGAUGUCCAUUGAAAUGGUAGCAUGCAUUGCCAUUGAAGCAAUAUCUAUACUGGAGAAGUUGCACUCUAGAGGGUAUGUGCAUGGAGAUGUGAAACCUGAAAACUUUUUGCUUGGUCCUCUGGGGACUCCUGAUGAGAAAAAGCUUUUUUUAGUUGAUCUUGGAUUAGCUACUAGAUGGAGAGAUGGUUCAACUGGUCUGCAUGUUGACUAUGACCAAAGGCCUGAUGUUUUCAGGGGAACAGUUCGGUAUGCUAGUGUGCAUGCUCAUUUAGGCCGAACUGGUAGCAGGAGAGAUGAUCUCGAAUCACUCGCUUACACACUCAUUUUCCUUCUCCGUGGUCGUUUGCCUUGGCAAGGAUACCAGGGUGAGAAUAAGGGGUUUCUUGUCUGCAAAAAGAAGAUGGCUACUUCUCCAGAGAAUCUAUGUUCCUUCUUUCCACAGCCCUUUAGACUGUUUGUGGAAUAUGUGGUGAACUUGAAAUUUGACGAGGAACCUAACUAUGCUAAAUAUAUUUCCCUCUUUGAUGGGAUCGUAGGCCCAAAUCCAGAUAUCAGGCCAAUUAACACAGAUGGUGCACAGAAGCUUAUCUACCAGGUUGGUCAGAAGAGAGGACGGUUAACUUUUGAGGAAGAAGAAGAUGAACAGCCCAAGAAGAAGGUUCGUAUGGGGAUGCCUGCUACACAAUGGAUAAGCAUUUAUAAUGCUCGUCGACCAAUGAAGCAAAGGUAUCACUACAAUGUGGCGGACACGAGGCUUUCCCAGCACAUUGAAAAAGGAAAUGAAGAUGGCUUGUUUAUCAGUAGUGUCGCAUCUUGUCAAAAUUUGUGGGCCCUAAUCAUGGAUGCAGGAACCGGCUUCAGUUCACAAGUUUUUGAACUCUCACCCUAUUUUCUUCACAAGGAAUGGAUAAUGGAGCAGUGGGAAAAGAACUACUAUAUAAGUGCAAUAGCAGGAGCGGCAAAUGGGAGUUCUUUGGUAGUAAUGUCUAAGGGUACACAAUAUUUGCAGCAGUCCUACAAAGUUAGUGAUUCUUUUCCUUUCAAAUGGAUAAACAAAAAAUGGAGAGAGGGUUUCUAUGUUACCUCCAUGGCCACCUCAGGUAGUAGAUGGGGAGUCGUUAUGUCUCGUGGCGCAGGAUUUCAAGAUCAGGUUGUUGAAUUAGAUUUCCUUUAUCCUAGCGAAGGCAUUCAUAAGCGGUGGGAUUAUGGAUAUCGUAUCACUGCUGUUGCAGCAACUUCAGAUCAGACCGCUCUUGUUCUCAGCGUGCCAAGAAGAAAGCCAGCUGAUGAAACACAGGAGACCCUUCGUACUUCUGCUUUUCCUAGCACGCAUGUCAAGGAAAAAUGGGCAAAAAAUCUUUAUAUUGCAUCUGUUUGUUAUGGUCGUACAGUUUCAUAAGGCUGCCAAAAUUUGAUUCGAGGCAGUGCCCGAUGUCUUCAGGAUUCUUUCCUGCCUGCUCUUCUUAUUGAGUUGUCAUGUUGGGAAGUAAUGACCCUGGAUUUCUGAAGAGGCAUCCAGACUAGAGUAAGUCUUGAUGGGCUGAAGCUAUAACUUAACCGUAGUACAGGAGGUAUAAGUAGUUCUGAAGUUGUCUUUUAGUUGUGUGGAUACCGUGUUUAGCUAAUGUCCAGCAUCGCCCUCACGCAACACUGAAGAAAAUUGUGGGUGCGUGCCCUUGUUGCCUUAAAGUUUGUAUACUGUAGGACAAUAAGUUCUUGGUAGGGGGCUUUAUGUCCAUUGUCAUGUUUUUUGAUGAUCCUGUUUGACAUUGUAUGCAUGGGAUUGGACUGGAAUCUGGAUAAUUUAAUACUGGCUGGUUUAUUGUUUUUUC